GAACAGUUAUUUCCCGGCCGCGGCGUCGUUUUCGCUGACAGAAGUAAAUAUUGAUAUUUUUUCUGAAUGGAAGCUUGAACAUAUUUUUAAAUUUUUCUGUAAAAAUGUGCAUUAGUUUCAUGUGAUUCAUAUCAACAAUGAAGAAGGAAAAGACGGCGGACAAUGUGCGGCCAUACAAAUUAGUGCAUCAAAUCCUCAGUUUGACCGGUAUCAGCUUCGAGAGGAAAAGCAUCAUCGGAUUCGUGGAGCUGACGAUUGUCCCAGUCAAGGAAACACUUAAAAUCAUCCGUUUGAACUGCCGACAAUGUCGAAUCUAUCGGGUCAUCUUAAACGACAGCUACGAAGCCACAUUCCACUAUUUCGAUCCAUUCUUGGACAUUUGCCAGGGUGAAAGCAAGAACAAGUCGCUGGAGGUUUUUUCGAAAUGCCACCUGGAGGCGGCCAAGAAAACGGACGCUGACCACAAUGCGGGAGAGCUGGUGAUCGUUGUUCCCGAUCAGGCUACCCAUCUGAUUGGUGAAGGGCGAGGACUGAGAAUUGGAAUUGAGUUCUCGCUUGAAGAUCCGGCAGGCGGAGUCCAUUUCGUUAUUCCGGAGGGCGAGGGAACCAUGGAAGAACGAUCUGCUCAUAUGUUCACCUAUGGACAUGAGAAUUCUUCGAGGCUUUGGUUUCCUUGCGUGGAUAGCUAUGCGGAACCAUGCACCUGGAAGCUGGAGUUCACCGUAGAUAAAAACAUGACGGCGGUUUCGUGCGGAGAGCUAGUUGAGGUGGUCAUGACACCGGAUUUAAGAAGGAAAACCUAUCACUACACUGUAUCGGUUCCGGUGUCUGCUCCAAACAUUGCUCUGGCCGUGGGGCCAUUUGAAAUUUACGUGGAUCCACACAUGCAUGAGGUGACACACUUUUGUCUGCCACAGAUGAUGCCACUUCUGAAGAAUACUGUCCGAUACAUGCAUGAAGCGUUCGAGUUCUACGAGGAAGCGUUAACGCAGCGUUAUCCAUUCAGUUGCUACAAACAGGUGUUUGUGGACGAGAUCGAUAACGAUGGAAAUGCUUACGCCACUAUGACGAUAUUGUCCACUCAUCUGUUGCAUUCGAUUGCAAUCAUCGAUCAGACUUUUGUGUCCCGGAAGGUGAUGUCUAAAGCGAUCGCCGAGCAGUUUUUCGGAUGCUUUAUUACGAUGCAAAACUGGUCCGAUGCGUGGCUGGCUCGUGGAAUAGCUGAGUACAUGUGUGGAUUGUACUCGAAGAAAUGCUUUGGAAACAACGCGUACCGGGCCUGGAUACGCGACGAACUGGCAGAAGUGGUUAAAUACGAGGAAAAGUUUGGUGGAAUCAUUCUGGACUGUAGCCAACCACCAGCACCGCCUGCCGUAUCGAGUAUCAACCAAUCCCCGGCAGCGCCGGCCAAAGCCUACAAUGACAAUCCGUUCUAUUUCCCGAUCAAAAAUCUUCAUACAAUCUCACCAAAAUAUAUCGAAAUUAUGAGGAAAAAGGCUCACCUGGUUAUAAGAAUGUUGGAGCAUAGAAUAGGCCAAGAGUUGCUGUUGCAAGUUUUCAACAAGCAACUGGCUUUAGCUUCAAAUGCGGCUUCAACGAAAAUCAGCAGCGGUUUAUGGCACCAAUUGCAUAUCUCGACAAACAUCUUCACGAAGGCAAUUUUUACCGUAACUGGUAAAGACAUGGCAGUUUUCAUUGACCAGUGGGUGAGAACUGGUGGACAUGCCAAGUUUACCAUGACUUCAGUUUUCAAUCGCAAGCGAAACACGAUCGAGCUGGAGGUUCGUCAAGACGCUGUAAAUCAGAAGGGAGUUAAAAAAUAUGUGGGCCCUAUUUUGAUUCAGCUUCAGGAAUUGGACGGAACGUUUAAACACACGCUGCAAAUUGAAAACAUCGUGGUCAAGGCAGACAUCACGUGUCACUCAAAAAGUAGAAGAAACAAGAAGAAAAAGAUUCCGCUUUGCACUGGCGAAGAAGUCGAUAUGGAUUUGUCACCUAUGGAUGAGUCGCCCGUGCUCUGGAUCCGCCUUGAUCCAGAAAUGACUAACCUCCGGUCAGUGCACAUCGAGCAGCCUGAUUUCCAGUGGCAAUUUCAGUUGCGUCACGAGCGAGAUGUCACCGCCCAGCUUGAAGCCAUCGACGCCCUGCAACGGUACGCGUCACCAGCAACACGUCUCGCCCUAACGGACACCAUCGAAAAUGAGCAGGUGUUCUUUGAAGUGCGCUGCAAAGCAGCUGACUGUCUGACAAAGGUGGCCAAUGCCAUGGUAACGUCCUGGCAGGGUCCUCCAGCCAUGUUGACCAUCUUCAAGAAAUUCUUCGGUUCAUUCAGCGCACCGCACAUCAUUCGGCAGAAUAAUUUUACCAACUUUCAGCACUAUUUCCUGCAGAAAACCAUUCCAGUAGCGAUGGCCGGCCUAAGGACAGCCCAUGGUAUAUGUCCCCCGGAAGUGAUCCGCUUCUUGUUGGAUUUGUUUAAGUACAAUGAUAAUACGAAAAAUCACUACUCGGAUAAUUACUAUCGGGCGGCACUGGUGGAAGCGCUGGGCAACUCUAUAACCCCGGUGAUAUCCGUUGUCCAUCAAGGCAUGACAUUGACGUCAGAGAACUUAUCGGCGGAUUCCAAGUUGGUCUUGGAGGAAGUCACGCGGAUACUAAACCUCGAGAAGCAUCUCCCAUCGUACAAAUACACGGUAUCAAUAGCGUGCCUAAAAGUGAUUCGUAAGCUACAGAAAUGCGGCCAUCUGCCGACAAAUCCAAAAAUCUACCGCAGCUAUGCAGCGUACGGUCAGUACAUCGAUGUACGGGUUGCCGCCAUGGAAUGCUUGGUUGAUUUCGUGAAGAUCGACGGUCGCUGGGAAGACCUAGAACAUUUGAUCGAUAUGCUGGAGACAGAUCCAGAUCCGAUGGCACGGCAUAAGCUUGGUCGGUUGUUGAUUGAGAAUCUACCAUUUGACAAGGGCAAUAAGCAUAGGCUGGAUCGGGAGGAGCUGGCACUUAGGAUUUGGAACAAUAUGAAUGGACUUCUCUCGCACGAUACCCGAUUACGCUGCGAUAUGGUGGAUUUGUAUUACACCUUAUACAACACGCGGGUUCCAAAUUGUCUGCCAAACCCGGAGCUAGCGUCAAUUCUGAGACCCCAGAAGCUCGCCUCCUCAUUCGCAGCAGUUGCCGAUAAGGAGCCGGACCCACCAGAACCAACCGAAAUUCAGCUUGAUACAUUCUCCAGCAAACGAGCUCGUUCAUCGAGUCCGCUGGAUAUAAAACCUCUGGAUUUGAUCGACAUUGGACCAACGGAACUGCUAACAGUGAAAAGCCGCGAAGCUUCACCCCUCCUGCCGGAAGAAAUCCGCGAGGACAUAAUCGUAGAAACGAUCGAAUCCAGCAUUAAAACCGAAAUUGUAGUAAUGGAGAAAUCGAUUCUCAAGGAGGAAAUUGUUGAUCUUGAUGAUAACAACUCGGUGACGGUGGUUGAUUCUGCGCCACCGCCGACAAAGAAGCCCAAAACUGAGUUCUAUUCGGACAAUUCAAUUUCUCUGCCGGGUUUAACGCCCGGCAGUAGCGCAGUAACCGGACCCACCGGGUUCGAGCCGGGCAUGUUUAGCAAAUCUGCGGAAAUGUUACCGGCGGUUGCAUCCGAGGCGAGCGUGAGUGGUAAAUCGGAUGGAAGCAAGAAAAAGAAAAAGAAGGAGAAAAAGAAGCACAAACAUAAGCAUAAGCACAAGCAUAAUAAGGACAAAGAUAAGGAGCGCGAUCGGGACAAGGAUCGCGAGAAGAGUAAGGAGAAAAAAGACCCAAACAUUGUACGGUUGGUCAAGGAGGAUACGCAAGAAACGCUCAGCUCGGGAGAUAGUUCUAGUAGGGAUAGCAAUCCAACAACAUUGGAUCUAACAUUGUAAGAUGAAUACACUAUCAAAAAUUAUGAAAACAAAUAUGGAUGUCUAAUAGAGUGUAGUAAAUGUUUAAAUUAAAACUUGUUCUGGAUUUCUACAGAAA